GGCACGGCUGGCACCCCCAGCACCAGCGGCAGCACCAGCACGAGCCAUAGCAACAGCACCAGUAACAGCAGCGGCUCUGGGUAUGACUGGCACCAGGCCGCCCUGGCCAAGACGCUGCAGCAAACGCCCUCGUACGGGCUGCUGCCCGAGCCCAGCCUCUUCAGCACCGUGCAGCUGUACCGGCAGAACAACAAGCUGUACGGCUCUGUGUUCACCGGUGCCAGCAAGUUCCGCUGCAAGGACUGCAGCGCAGCCUACGACACGCUGGUGGAGCUGACGGUGCACAUGAACGAGACGGGCCACUACCGCGACGACAACAGGGACAAGGACUCAGAGAAGGCCAAGCGCUGGUCCAAGCCCAGGAAGCGCUCCCUCAUGGAGAUGGAGGGCAAGGAGGACGCCCAGAAGGUGCUCAAGUGCAUGUACUGCGGCCACUCGUUCGAGUCCCUGCAGGACCUCAGCGUGCACAUGAUUAAGACAAAGCAUUACCAGAAAGUGCCUCUGAAGGAGCCUGUACCGGCCAUUACCAAGCUGCUGCCUUCCGCCAAGAAGCGAGCGCUUCAGGACCUGGCGGCCCCCUGCUCCCCGGAGCCGGCGGGCACGGCCACGGAGGCCGCACUCAGCGAGUUGGCCAAGGACCAGAAGACAGCCAACCCCUACGUCACGCCCAACAACCGCUAUGGCUACCAAAAUGGUGCUAGUUACACGUGGCAGUUCGAGGCCCGAAAAGCACAGAUCCUCAAGUGCAUGGAGUGCGGCAGCUCCCACGACACCCUGCAACAGCUCACCGCCCACAUGAUGGUCACGGGCCACUUCCUGAAGGUGACCACGUCUGCCUCCAAGAAAGGGAAGCAGCUGGUGCUGGACCCCGUGGUGGAGGACAAGGUCCAGUCCAUCCCCCUGCCUCCCACCACCCACACCCGGCUGCCGGCUGCCGGCACCAAAAAGCAGCCAGACUCACCUGCAGGCUCCACAGAGUCCGAGGACAAGAAGGAGCCGGAGAAGGAGAAGGCGCCGGCAGCCAGUGACACGGAGAAGGGCAUCAAGGAGGAGAGUGGGGAUGCCUCCGAGAGGUUUGAGCCCACUGCCCUCUACCAAUACCUCCGUGAGGAGGACCUGGAGGACAGCCCCAAGGGCGGCGUGGACAUCCUCAAGUCCCUGGAAAACACCGUCUCCACGGCCAUCAGCAAAGCUCAGAAUGGUGCGCCCUCAUGGGGCGGCUAUCCCAGCAUCCACGCGGCCUACCAGCUGCCCGGCGCUGUGAAGCCCCUGCAGGCGGCCGUGCAGAGCGUGCAGGUGCAGCCGUCCUAUGCCAGUGGCGUGAAGUCGCUGACCUCUGCCGAGCACGGUGCCCUUCUGCACUCCCCAGGCAGCCUCACCCCACCGCCGCACAAGAGCAACGUAUCUGCCAUGGAGGAGCUGGUGGAGAAGGUCACGGGCAAAGUCAGCAUCAAGAAGGAGGAGAGGCCGGCCGAGCGGGAGAAAGGCUCCCCCGCCAAGGCCAUGUCCCCCGUGGCGAAGGAGAACAAAGACUGCCCGAAAAUGAACGAGGAGGCCAACGGCAAGCAGUCCAAGAAGGGCCCCGAGCCUCUCAAAGCCAAAGUCACCAACGGCUGCGGCAACUUGGGCAUCAUCACCGACCACUCGCCGGAGCCCUCCUUCAUUAACCCCCUGAGCGCCUUGCAGUCCAUCAUGAACACCCACCUGGGCAAGGUGUCCAAGCCCGUGAGCCCCUCGCUCGACCCCCUGGCCAUGCUCUACAAGAUCAGCAACAGCAUGCUGGACAAGCCCGUCUGCCCCAGCACCCCCGUGAAGCAGGCUGACGCCAUCGACCGCUACUACUACGAGAACAGCGACCAGCCCAUCGACCUGACCAAAUCCAAAAGCAAAGCCCUGGGGUCCAGUGUGUCCGACCCGGUGGCCUCGCCACUCCGGGAGAGCGCCCUCAUGGACAUCUCGGACAUGGUGAAAAACCUCACGGGCCGCCUGACACCCAAGUCCUCCACCCCCUCCACGGUGUCCGAGAAGUCGGAUGCCGACGGCAGCAGCUUCGAGGAGGCGCUGGACGAGCUGUCGCCCGUGCACAAGAGGAAAGGACGCCAGUCCAACUGGAACCCACAGCACCUGCUCAUCCUGCAGGCCCAGUUUGCCUCGAGCCUGCGGGAGACGGCCGAGGGCAAGUACAUCAUGUCGGACCUGGGCCCGCAGGAGCGAGUGCACAUCUCCAAGUUCACCGGCCUCUCCAUGACCACCAUCAGCCACUGGCUGGCCAAUGUCAAGUACCAGCUGAGGAGGACAGGGGGAACCAAAUUCCUCAAGAACCUGGACACAGGCCAUCCUGUUUUCUUUUGCAACGAUUGUGCCUCUCAAUUCAGAACUGCCUCCACGUACAUCAGUCACCUGGAGACGCACCUGGGCUUCAGCUUGAAGGACCUCUCCAAGCUGCCCCUCAGUCAGGUCCAAGAACAGCAGGGCAUCUCCAAGGUCCUCGCCGGCAAGGCUCUGGGCCCGCUGGGGACCCCCGAGGAGGACUCGGGCUCCACAUUCCAGUGCAAGCUCUGCAACCGGACCUUUGCGAGCAAGCACGCGGUCAAACUGCACCUUAGCAAGACCCACGGCAAGUCGCCCGAGGACCACCUGAUCUACGUGACCGAGCUCGAGAAGCAAUAGCGUGCAGCUGUGCCCGGGAGCGCCCGUGGCCGCGCGCCCUGGCCUGAACCGCGGCGCCCCGUCUCUCCUCUGGCUGACCUGCCUCUGCGGACCCUGGGUUUUCUUACACACAUUUUGUAGUUAUAUUUAUACGCUCUUUGUCUGACCUGUGCAUGUUAUUUUUCCUUUUCCGUGAGUCAGUCUGACCUUUAUUUCCAACAUCUGUUCUUGAUGUUAAGCUGUCUUUUGUAGGAAAUAGUGGGGCACGCGACUCAGAGACGCUAUUUAGCAGUAAAGAAAGACGCAAAUAAUGAUAAGGAGACAUCCUAAAAUUACGAAGUUGCCAUGACAAUAAAGGUCAUAGUACUGGGAGUGUCACAUUUAACUCUUGGAGGACUGUAAUCGCAUUUCUGUGCCUUUCACU